GGGAAAGAAAAAGGAAGGAAUUGCUGCGAGAUAUGUGACGAGGUCACAAGCUAUUAAAAUCCUUCAAGUUAGCCUUUCGGAUUUUAGCUGGAGUAAUGGAUACCUAGCUGCAGAUGGAUCUGUCCAUAUUUAUCUUUAAGCAAUAUUGCUUAAUAUGUAAUGACAAAAAUGGAAGCAAUAUCAUUCUACUAGUAGUAGUAGUAGUAGUAGUAGUUAUUGAGGUAAAAUGGAGAAAUAUGAGGUGGUCAAAGAUUUGGGAGCCGGCAAUUUUGGGGUUGCUCAACUUCUCAGACACAAGGAUACCAAGGAGCUUGUUGCUAUGAAAUAUAUUGAGAGAGGUCACAAGAUAGAUGAGAAUGUGGCAAGAGAGAUUAUCAAUCACAAAUCUCUUAGACACCCUAAUAUAAUCCGGUUCAAGGAGGUGGUUUUGACGCCUACCCAUUUAGCAAUUGUGAUGGAGUAUGCUGCUGGUGGUGAGCUCUUUGAUCGGAUUUGCAGUGCUGGUAGAUUCAGUGAAAAUGAGGUGAGACACCGUUUAAGGAAAGAUCAUGGGAUUGAGGGUGGAAUUCCUGUUGUUUUAUCUUUAGAGAAACCUAAAGCUAAGCUGCUUCCUUUUAGUGGACAAAGUGGUGAGGAAGACAACCCUUCAGAUUAUCAAGUGAGGAUGCUUGCUUCUUACUUUUGCAGUUUUAAAGUACUCUGUUUGCUCACCUAACAUCAUGCGGUGGGGAAAUUCAUCCAAUAUAUUGAAGCAGAAUUUGAAAUGAGAAUUGAAAGUACAUUUGGAUGGAGCUAAAGCUGUGUUUCUUUUAGCGAUAUAUUUGAACUUGUUAGGGUUAGGUCCCUGGUUUUUGCUAUCUCUAGAUUUAAGGGUAGAAGGAAAAGGAAAAUAUUUUGGUCUACAUUAGUAUGUAAUCUACAUGUUCAAUCCAACAAUUUAAUGUGUUAUUCUGCUGUCAGAUAGUACCUGGCAGGUUCAACAAUUUAAUGCAUUGUAUUUUUUAUUA